AGGAUCCGUGCAGAGUAGAGGAUGUUUUCUUGAAGGAAAUAGAAGGAGACGCCGACGUACUCUACAGUGUGACGAAAGGCACUGCGCCACGCUUGCUUGACUAGAGCGUGGUGAUCGUCACCGUACGUCUUAUUACGACGAGCACGAGCAGCAACGCCGCUCCUCGGGUUUCUUUUGUCAGUAUUUUCGAUUUUUCUUUCUGCCUUCAGUAAAGACUUUGGUGCUUGCAAGAUGGUGUCUGGAAUGGUCGAAACCAAGAUUGUUCCGGAAAAGAAGGAAUGCGAAGAAAAAAGAUCAAAGUUGGUAAAAUAUGGACAAACAGUAAACCUUAAUCUAGGAUGCUUCGGCAUGGGUCUGAUGACAUCUGUUAUUGGGACGACACUUCUGGAUCUUACUGAAGUUUACGAAACGAGAAUCGACCUCGCGUCACACAUCAUCACCUCCAGAGGUUGCGGAGCUCUCCUGGGCUCCUUCUUCGGUGGAAUGCUUCUUGACAGGUUCAACAUGCAGGUCUUGAUCACAACAGCAUUCUUUAUUGCGUCUAUCGCCAUCUGCCUAAUUCCUGUCUGUCCAACCCUAACGUUAGCUUAUGGAGUAACACUUGUCUACGGUCUUACCGUAGGAAUCUUCGACACUGGAGCCAACAUCUGGAUCAUCAACUUGUGGGGUAAUAAAAAUGGCCCAAUGUUGCAGAUUUAUCAUUUUGCAUUCGGUGUCGGCGGCCUGUUAUCCCCUAUUGUAGCUGAGCCCUUUCUUAGUUUACAUCACAAGGACGCAAGUGCGUCAAUAGCACAUUCGCAUAUGCCACGCUCCAUCGAUCUAUUUGAUCCUAUGGUUGACCCGAUUAUUAACAACACUCUACCUACUCAGCUGUACCUUCGUCCUUCACGUAUCGAAGUGCCGUACGGAUUGAUCGCCGCCAUCCACUUCAUGCUCUUUGUAUCAAUGCUUGUAUUCUAUUGCAUUGAUCCACGUGAUCCUAAGCCACAGAAGAAAGCUGAAGGUGAUGAACCGCAGCCAUCAGCUCUGAAACGUUAUUCCUUGUUGAUGUGUCUUUCGUUCUACUUGAUGAUAUACGUGGCGCUGGAGUCGUGUCUUGGCCAAAUGUUAUCGGCGUUUGCAGUGAAAAGCAAACUCCAGUUUACCAAAACGCAGGCCUCCUAUCUGUCAUCGUUAUUUUGGACAACAUUUACUAUGUCGCGGGUAUUUUCGGCCUUCUGGGCUCUGCACUCCUCACCGCGUUGUAUGAUGUUUACAGAGCAUGCAAUGAGCCUUGCUGCCUUUUUUCUGUUCCUUUGGUUCGGCGAAACAAGUCGAAUUAUGGUAUGGGUUUGCGCUGCACUCGUCGGCAUUGGUGCCGCUGGGAUGUUUGCAACGGCCAUCACUUGGACGGUCGAGUACAUGGCUUUGUCCAACAAGAUGAUGUCCGUGUCGACGGUAUUCUCUGGGUCUGGUGGAAUGGCCCCUCCAUUUAUUGUAGGCCGCUUCAUCGACGAAAAUCCUAUGAUUCUUAUGUAUACCUGUACUGCAAUCACUUGCAUACUCACAGGCAUUAUGGCAGGCCCUUGCCUCUUUGGGAUGUUCGGUUCGCUAUCAGCUCAAAAGUUCAACGGAAUUUUUCGUAGCGUAUUUGAUUCACACCUCAGUGAGUUUACACCUACCCAUGACGUAUAAAGUGCAGUUACGACAAAAAAGUUUUCUGCGGACUGAAGAGAACACCUUGCAAAUGACUGGUUAGUAGUAGUCCCAAGUUGAAGCUAUAAUCGCGGUGAAUGGUAAUUAUCAAUUUCCGACAAUCAUACCGUCUGACUAUCAGAAAUGUGUGAAAUCCUGAAUAUAUAUGUAUACAUGAAUGAAUGAAUAAAGGUUUGCUGUGAUCUAAUCAAAUGGUAUGGUAUUGCAGCAAUGUGGGCGAUCACGAGCACGAUGACUGCUCGAAAAUCCAUGGUUGUCGUUCCUGUGGAAAUGGAUGACAAUCGCGGAGUCGAUGCCG